AUGGGGACGCAAUACGCGUGGCCAGGGCGCCGGGGGCGGCCAUGGUGGCAGUGGCUCGCCUUCUACAUCGAAUGGAAGUGCGACCCCUACGGCAACUGGCACUAUCCAGAUGCCGUAUUCGAGUUCACGCACAUGGACCUGCAAGCAGUGCAAGAGCACGAACCACAGCCCAAAAGCCUGCACGACAUGUGGGCUCAAGCGGACCUACGGCGAAGUUGCGAAGAGACGACUGCAUCGAAGAAGAACCCCGUUCGUGCUCAACUGAACGCCCUCACGGAGACCCUCACGAAGAUCCACGAGGCCAAGGCUCUCAGCAACGAGGCCCCGAACAAGGGCCACCUCCAGGCCCGCAUCAAGCAGUUGGAGACGGCCCUGGCGGCCAUCCCCGAGGACGACGCGGAGCUCGCCACCGAGCGCGCGUCGUUGGCGACCCAGCCCACCGACACCAAGCGGCAGCUGCUCGGCUCCAAGCCGAUCGGUGCCCGGAUCGAUGGCGCACGCGCUGCUUUAGGACGUGCCCGCCAGCGCCAGGCGGAGGCCGAGCAGGUCACUGCACUCGAGACGGAGCUCCAGGAGCUGGAGGCUUCUCUCACGACGGAGGCUCCCAUCGAGGCGACUGCGACGCCCGAGUCCCAGGCGUACACGAUCCUGGGCCAAAUGAUCGACCAGCUCACGGCCGACGAGUACGUCCACCCAGGGCACGUCGAGGCUGCCAAGACGCACGUGCGGCAGUUGUUCGCCGGCUUUCGGGACACGCUCCAGCAGGCCGAGGCCACUCGUGCAGCUGCUGCCGGCACGCCGCUUGUCCCCAAGGAGGUGCGCCAUACCACCAAGAGCCCCCCUGCGGCUCCGCUCCCCGCCAAGCCUGGCACGCUGGCGCGCCACAGUGGGAAGCAACCUCGCAAGGAGCUGAUUACAGACUACUUCAGCAAGCGCAAGGUGAUCAAGUCCAUCGGCAAGGAGACAGCGGGGUUUCCUGCCACCUCCAAGGAAGCAGCUGCUGGCGCUCAGGUCAGCUGCGCCCUCCUGCUCGGCAAGGUCCAGAUUCUGGAGCAGGCGUUCCACGAUGAGCACCUCGAUUUCGUCUUCAUUCAGGAGGGUCGCGCACGCGCCGCCGAAGUGCGCCGAGGCCUCCCUUACACCAUGUAUGUCGGCGCGUCGGACAGCCUGGGCGGGCACGGCUGCCAGGUGUGGGUCCGCACAGGCGCCCAAUUCCGUGCCUCCUCCUACGCGGCGCCAUCCAGUCACCUCUACUGGGUAACGGGCCGGGAUGUGCAGGGCAUCCCAUUUAUUCUCGUCAGCGCCCAUGCGCCGAGUGACCACGCCCCCGCUGCCGAGCGGGAGGCCUUCUGGGAUCUCCUGCUCCAGACGCUGACGCUUCGUGGCCGCACCCCGUCUGCUAAGAUGUUCCUCGGCAUCGAUGCGAACGGCAGGGUGGGCGCCGAGCACUCCGGGACAAUCGGCGCCUGCGAUUCGGAAGCAUUUACGGCCAACGGCUCCGACCUGCUCUCGGUGCUCGUCCGCCUCCGCCUCGCCGCCAUCAACACCUUCUAUGAUGUGGGCUAUACGCGCGCCGCGUCCCGCAUUGACUACAUCUGCGGGCCGUUGGACGAGCUGUCCCACGCGGUCCAAGCGUUUCAGACCAUGCUGCACCGGUUGCAGGUCCCCGUCGGCGCAUCCAUCGACGAGAAGACCCAGGCGAUGAUGUCGCAGGUGCGCACCGCCGCCCGCCAUGCUUUCGGCAGGCCUGAGGACCGCCCUCGCCAGCCGUGGAUCUCCGACGACACGUGGUCGAUACUGCGCCUGCUGGCGCCCUCGCGCAGAGUCGUUCAUGCCGCUGGCCGGGAGGCGCAUCGAGCAUACUUUCACAGGAUCUUCCUCGGCUGGGCUGCGCAGCGCACGGGUGUCUUCCACGUGACCUCAUCUUCGCAAACACGCUUGGGCUGGGCAGCGCGCUGCGCGCUUCGGCCGCUUCGACACGUCGAGUUCCAUUGGCGCCUGUUGAAUGCUAUGGCCUGGAGGCUUUGCCAACGGCUCGCCUACCUAGUUAAGCACUUUGUGCACUUUGACCGGCACCUCUUCCUCGAGGACAAGGCCCGCGAGGCCCAGUGCGCCGCCGCGCGGGGUGACUGGAGAGGGACUUUCGGCGUGGUGCGAUCGCUCAGCGGCCGGGCUGCUAGCUUGGCGGACCACCCCGUGCUCCUCAAGUCAGGCGCGUUGUCCAGCUCCGAGGCGGAGCGGCAGGCCCGGUGGCAGGAGCAUCUCCGGGAAGUCUUCAACGGCACCGAGGUCCCUAUGGACCAGCUGCGCGCGCAGCCUGUGGAGGCACCGCUCAUUUCUCCCACCGUCGAGGUCACGCCAGACGCUGUUGCCGCAUCGCCCAGGCAGCUGGGGCGGAACAAGGGCGUCGGACGCGAUGGCGUGCCGGCGGGACUGCUAGUGGCUGGGGGGAAAGCCUUGGCGACGCCGUUGGCCGCCCUCUACCAGGAGAUCGUCGAUACAGAGCGGUGGCCCGUCCAUUGGGCAGGUGGCCGUAUGCAGAACGUUCACAAGCGCAAGGGCCCCUUCACCGACUGCGACGAGUCUCGCGGCAUCGUGCUGGAGGAUCACGCCGCCAAAGGCCUCAAGCAGCUGCUCAGCCACAUGGUCACUGGCCCUUACCAGGACAAUAUCCCCGAGGUGCAGCACGGCGCUGUCGCCGGCAGGGGGACUGAUUAUGCCGCUCACCUCGUGCACAGCUUCCAAGCGUACUGCAAUGCGGCUGGACGGUCGUCGUUUGCAUGGUUCGUUGACCUCGUGAAGGCGUUCGACCGCAUCGUGAGGGAGGUGGUGCUUGGAUGGCCCUGCGGUGCAACUGACCCUGAGGCUUACCUCGCAUCCCUGGGCCUCAACCCAGACCAAUCCGCAUGGAUCGCGCAGUGGGUGGCACGGCAUAGCUGCCUCUUUGCCCAGUGGGGCGUUAGCCCAAAAGUCAUCCGCCUGCUCAAAAACCUCCACGCGGCCUCAUGGUUUUCUUACGGUGACGUUGACACCGCUAUCGUCGCACGCGUUGGCGGCCGCCAGGGGUGCAAGUACGGCGCCAUGGUUUUCAACGGCACGUUCUCGUUGGCAGUGGUGCUGAUCCGGGACGCUCUCCUGGACGCCGGCAUCUUGCUCCGCUUGCGCGCCCUGUGCUCGAUGCCUGCGUAG